AUGAGUCUUGAGCAAGAAGUAGACAUAGAUGCAUCUGGACAAUUCAAAUACGUCCUGAUCAAUCUGUAUCUCAAGGACGAUUCCUCUAAGUUGCUGGUACGUGGAUACGGUUGGGGUGAAUAUCACGACGAUAUAUACCAGAAAACACUAGAAUUAGCGCUGGCAGCAGGAUUAGACACAGAGUGUUUGGGUGGGGGUAGAAUACGCCAUGAUCCUGACAAGAAAGAAAUUUCAGUGUAUGGAUAUUCUGUGGGAUAUGGACGAGCUAAUCAUUCUGAAGCAGUUAAAUUGAUUCAGAAGAAGUAUCCCUCUUAUAAAGUUGAUUGGUCUAAUGAAGGGUAUUAG